AUGAAUAGUGCAGUGUUAGCCCUUCAACUAAGUACACCCCCUAUUGUUAUUUCUGAACGCCACUCACCACCAUUAGCUGUUCAAAACUCACUCCAAGGAAUGAGUGAAGCUAUAGAAAGUUCUUCUUCUCUUUCAGGAUCUGCAACUGUAUCUCCAGCAUUAUCUCCUAGAAUAGAAACAAUUAAAAAAGAUACAGAGACAGACGACCAAUUAUAUCAAUUACAAUCAAUGUUAUUAACACCUCCAUCAUUUUUACUUCAGGCUUAUAUAAAAGCACUAUUAAAGAAAGAGACUAGUGACUCUUCUCAUUUUGACAUAUUAUUUCAUUAUUUCAAAUGCAGAAAGCAAGUACCAAGAUUACUUUAUCAAAUGGCAGAACUUGAAAUUGAAUGGACUAAGAAGUGUAAUCCAUUAUUUAGAGGAAAUACAGCUUUCACAAAGGCAUAUGCAUUGUAUUUAAAAGAAAGUUGUGAAAUAAUUAUUGAAAAUAUUACAAAUAAAUUUAAUGAAGUAACACAAAGAGUUCAAACUGACCAAAGUUUAUUAAAUGAAGUUGAGCAAGAAUAUGCUAUUUCAACAUAUUGUGGAUUAUUAAAAGAAGCACUUAGUAAUAUUCCUAAAGACUUAUUUUAUAUAUUAAAUGGUAUUUAUUCAUUAACUAAAUUAAAGAGAAAUGAAGAAGAAGCAAGAAAAGCAAUUAACACUCUUCUUUUUAUGAGGUUCCUUUACACACCACUUAUUCAAUCACCGUCUUUAUUUAAAAAAGUACAGACUAUUAUAUCUUCUAUUGUAUUAAAUAAAGAGGUUAAAAUAAUAGAUAAGAAUAUAGAAGGGAUUGAUGAAAUAAUUAAUUCAAUCAUUAAAGGAUGUUAUGUUCUUUCUACACCACCUAUAUCAAGUUAUGAAGAAGAACUGGAAUUUACAGGAAAAGAAAUGAUGAAAACACUUCAAUUAAACAAAAAGAAGAUAAUAAAAAAGUAUCUUGGAGAUGAUAGAGAUCUUAACUUUAUUAUUCAAACAAGUUCUAAAAAACAAACGCAUACUGAAAAUUUUAUCACUCAUUUUAUGAAAUAAAAAUUGGUUGUAUUAGAAAGAGAAAUAAUUUUAAUAUCUAUUAUUAUAAUUUAAUCUUUAUAUAAGAAUUUGUAUUAAUACGUUGGUUUAAUAAAUAAAUUAUUGUAUACAAUUAAAGAAGACAAAUAAAUAUAUAUAAAUAAUAUUCAAAGAAUGUUUGUUAAGGUAUUAUUUUUAAAUAUAAAAUACUACUUAUAUUAAUUUUAUUCAUUGUAAUUGUUUUAUUUUAAAAUGUUAUCUUAGUAGAAAUAUUUUUGAUGAGUUAUGUUUUGGGUAUUCAUUAUAUUUUUCAUUUGACAUAUUUUUUAUUACUUAAGUUAU